CCGGCCUACCCGCAUUACCUGCCGGUGCCCGGGGGCCCCCAGUACCUCGUGCCCUACUUCCCCCCCGAGGGGCCGGGGCCGGGGGCUCUGGGCUUUGUGGGGGAAGGGGGGCCCCCCGCCCUCAUGGAGCUGCCCCCACCCCUGCUCAAGGAAGGCCCAGGGCCGCCCCCACCUGCCCCCAAGGAGGACACGCUGCCUCCCUUGCUCAUCACUCUCCCCGCUGAGGCCGCGCUGCCCCCCGGCGCCUAUGGCCGCCUCAAGGGCAGCCUCAGUCAGCUCCGUGGGCCCGGUGAGCCCCUGGCCUUCCCCUCCAAUGAGCUGCAGGGCGGUGGGGCCGGGCCGGCCCUGCUGUCCCCGCCGGGCCCCGGGGAGCCCAAGGUGGCCGAGGCAGAGGCGGCCCCGCUGGGGGCGGGCGCGGCCAGGGCCCCCGAGGCAGCCAGGGCCUUCGUGCUGCCUGAGAAGGUGCUUCUGGAAGACGCCAUGAAACUCUUCGACUGCUUGCCGGGCAACGCCGAGCCCGAGGGGUCCCCACCACGCAAGGCCCCCGGGCCGGCCCUGCCGGAUAGCGGGGGCGGCGGAGACGACUCGUCCAGUGACAUCCGCUUGUUGCACCUGCCGGACGAACUGCUGUCCCUUGACUACAGCGUGCCCGAGAUCCUGGACACCGUGUCCAACGUGGACUGCCUUUUCAGCUUCAAGGCGCUUGAUGAGGAGCCGGCGCCCCGCCCAGGGCCCCCCGCCGCCAACACCGUGGCCCCUGCCUUGCGACCUGAGCUGCCCGGCAGGAGGAAGGCCGGCACCUCGUCCGCCAAGAAGGGGAGGCAGGGAGGCAAGGGCAAGCAGGCUGCGGGCCCGGCCAGCGCCGCCCCCUCGGGGCCCAGGCAGGACCUGGGAGCCGGCCCCCAUUAA